UCAAUCCUUCUGUCAUCUCUAAUAUUAUAUUUAAUAUUAAGGUUACUGUGACUGUGAUCCACAAUAACUGACAUUUUCAUACAAAUCAUUUUAAUAAUACAUUUUUCAAAUUCUGUAAAUAAAAUUCUGUGCAAUACUUCUGGUUUGUAAAGUGAAUCUAAACUAAACGAGAGUCACAACUAAUUUGUGUCACUUAUAUAAUGUAUAAUUCACGACAUCCGGGACCGCCACAAGCGGGACAACCGUUUAAAUUCACGGUAACGGAAACGUGUGAACGAAUUAAGGAAGAGUUCAACUUUAUUCAGGCACAGUAUCACAGUUUAAAGCUUGAAUUGGAGAAAUUGGCGACAGAAAAGACUGAAAUGCAAAGACAUUAUGUUAUGUAUUACGAAAUGUCUUAUGGAUUGAAUGUAGAAAUGCAUAAACAAACAGAAAUUGCCAAACGUUUAAAUGCUAUUAUCGCACAAAUAUUACCUUUUCUAUCACAAGAGCACCAACAACAAGUUGCCAGUGCUGUCGAAAGAGCCAAACAGGUGACUAUGACUGAACUUAAUGCUAUUAUCGGGCAACAGCACUCAGGAAUCGCUCAUUUGAUGCAACAAAUCCAUGCCCAGCAAUUGCCAUCUGCCCAUUCCCAUGGACCGACUGGCCUACCACUUAUGCCACAUCCGUCACUGACUGGCCUUCCGCAGUCGUCAGCCGCAGCCGCCGCAGCUCUAACCGCUGGAAUACCUCCUUCGAGUUCAGCGGCCGCUGGAUUACUAGCUUUGUCUGCGGCCGGAUCACUAACGGGCGUCUCCUCUGUCGCAUCAAAUAACAACAAUAACUCAUCUCAUUUACCCGGAAUCCCGACAACCCUUUCAAAAGAGUCGUCUCAUAGAGAAAACAAUGAAAAAAGAGCUUUUAAUGAUGACAGAAGAGAGAGAGCAUCAUUUUCGCCACACUCUGAACGUACACUACAUCGAAGUCGUACCCCUGAAGUAGAGAUUAAAUCCAAGAGAAGAUCUAAAGAUAUAGAAAAAAGUGAUCACAAUGGCAGUGAAGACGAAAAGAGUGAUCAGGAUUUGGUUGUGGAUGUGGCCAAUGAGGAGCCCAUCUCCCCUCGCAAUGGUUCUACUUCUCCCCGUGAGAACGGUGCAGAUGUCCGUAUUAAGCGGGAACGAGAGCGGCCGCCCUCCCGAUCGGGAUCGUCGUCUAACAGCAGUACUCCUCUGUCAAUAAAACCUAAAGAGCACUCUGCUGACAAACCGCCUACACCUGUGUCUAAACCAAUAACACCGACCAGCUCUGGCUCGACAACUCCGAGUUCGAGCGCUAAUAAAACACCUAAACCUACCACUUCUAUCGGUCCUCCCUUUCCCUAUUUACACGGAACACCAUCUGCUCACCCGUCACUACCCGCUGAUUUAAGUGUGGCCGCAGCCGCUUAUUCACAGGGAUUGUUGCACAACAACAUCAAUCCCGCCCUUAAUUCAUAUCCACGAGGAUUAGUUCCUGGAUAUGAUGCCCAUCCCUCACUCCGAACUCCUGGCUUUAUACCCGGAGGAAAGCCUGCUUAUUCAUUCCAUGUGAAUGCUGAGGGUCAAGUACAACCCGUUCCCUUCCCACCCGAUGCUCUCAUCGGUUCGGGGAUUCCUCGACACGCCAGACAAAUAAAUACUCUAAAUCACGGAGAAGUUGUUUGUGCCGUCACUAUCAGUAAUCCCACUAAAUAUGUAUACACUGGGGGUAAAGGUUGUGUUAAAGUGUGGGAUAUCAGUCAACCCGGGAAUAAAAGUCCUGUUUCUCAAUUGGAUUGUUUGCAAAAAGACAAUUAUAUCCGUUCGUGUAAACUGUUACCCGACGGUAGAACUCUUAUAGUUGGAGGAGAAGCCAGUACUAUAUGUAUAUGGGAUUUGGGCGCUACUAUUCCAAGAAUAAAAGCUGAAUUGACAUCAUCUGCACCGGCAUGUUAUGCAUUGGCCAUAAGUCCAGACAACAAAGUUUGUUUUAGUUGUUGCAGUGAUGGAAAUAUCGCAGUUUGGGAUCUUCACAAUCAAAUACUUGUUCGCCAAUUUCAAGGACAUACAGACGGGGCAUCUUGUAUUGACAUCAGUAGUGAUGGCAAUAAACUAUGGACUGGUGGUCUCGAUAAUACUGUCCGAUCGUGGGAUCUCAGAGAGGGUCGUCAACUACAACAACACGAUUUUACAUCACAAAUAUUUUCAUUAGGUUAUUGUCCAACUGGUGAUUGGUUGGCUGUCGGAAUGGAGAGCAGUAAUGUUGAAGUACUUCAUUGCUCUAAACCCGACAAAUAUCAGUUGCAUUUACACGAAAGUUGUGUAUUAUCGCUAAAGUUUGCCAAUUGUGGCAAAUGGUUUGUCAGCACCGGUAAAGACAAUCUAUUGAAUGCUUGGAGAACACCAUACGGAGCGUCCAUUUUUCAGUCAAAAGAGUCUUCGUCAGUACUGAGUUGUGACAUCUCAUCUGAUGACAAAUAUAUAGUUACCGGUUCUGGAGAUAAAAAAGCAUCACUUUAUGAAGUCAUCUAUUAA